UUUUUUUGGUUUUUAGUAUUUUUUUUUCUACUGUUGUUACCCCUUUUUCUAUCUCUCGUCUCUUCUAUUGUCUUUGCAAAACUGAUUAAACAAAGCCUUUUUAGCUUCUUUUCUCUCACUUCCUUUUCUGUGCUUUAUUUUUUUGUUUACAAAAGUCAAGCAUGCAGAGAUACAUACACAUAACAGAACAGAAAAAUGCCCUCAAACUUAGGGUUUUACUUGCUUAAACCAUUCUUUUAAGCUUUUGUAUUUGCAGCAAAAGAUUAGUUUAAGAAAGGUCCCCCUUUUUUUUACUUUUUUGUUAGGAGGGAGAGAAGAGGAAUUUUAAUUAGUACUGUUAUUUAAGGAAAGUAUAGAGAAGAGAAAGGCAAGGAGUAGUAAAGAGUAGCACAAGUAAAGGUCUUUUUUUUUGCUUUCUUUCCUUGUUAUUUUUCUUUCAAGAGUAAAAAUUAGAGAGGAAGUUGGAGACAUUUGGAUUCGUCCUUGUGUCUCCUCUACCUCUCAUAAUUUUUCUCCCAACUUUUACUCCACUUUCUGCUCUGAUUAUAUUAUAGCUGAUUUUUAGCUCAAAAAAGAUACAGUGAAUCUGUCAAAUAUACAAAAAAGUUAAGUGCUUUUUGAGUCUCUGUUGGUUUAUUUCAUGAAUUUUGGGGGAUUUCUUGAUAAUAAUUCUGGUGGUGGCGGUGCAAGAAUUGUUGCUGAUAUACCAUUUAAUCACAACAGCAGCAGCAACGACAAUAAAAACAACACUAACAACAAUAUGCCCACUGGUGCAAUUUCUCAGCCAAGACUUCUUCCUCAAUCUCUUGCCAAGAACAUGUUCAACUCCCCAGGACUUUCUCUUGCUCUUCAAACAGGUAUGGAAGGACAAAAUGAGGUAACAAGAAUGGCUGAAAACUAUGAGGGAAAUAACAGUGUUGGUAGAAGGAGUAGAGAGGAAGAACCAGACAGCAGAUCUGGAAGUGACAACUUGGAAGGUGCAUCGGGUGAUGAACAAGAUGCUGCCGACAAACCACCAAGGAAGAAAAGAUACCACCGACACACUCCUCAGCAAAUCCAAGAACUUGAAUCUCUUUUCAAGGAGUGUCCUCAUCCUGAUGAGAAACAAAGGUUGGAGCUAAGCAAAAGGCUUUCUUUGGAGACUAGACAAGUCAAGUUUUGGUUCCAAAAUCGUAGAACUCAGAUGAAGACUCAACUGGAACGCCAUGAGAAUUCGAUACUAAGGCAAGAGAACGAUAAGCUUCGUGCAGAAAACAUGUCUAUAAGAGAGGCAAUGAGAAAUCCAAUUUGUACUAAUUGUGGCGGUCCAGCAAUGAUUGGUGAAAUCUCUCUUGAGGAGCAACAUCUUAGGAUUGAAAAUGCUAGGCUGAAAGAUGAAUUAGAUCGAGUUUGUGCACUUGCUGGCAAGUUUUUGGGACGACCCAUUUCAUCUUUAGUUACCUCUAUGCCUCCCCCAAUGCCUAAUUCAAGUUUGGAACUUGGAGUUGGAAGUAAUGGAUUUGGUGGUAUGAGUAAUGUACCAACAACACUCCCCUUAGCACCUCCUGAUUUUGGUGUUGGGAUUUCAAAUUCUUUACCAGUUGUGCCUUCAAAUAGACAGUCAACUGGAAUUGAGAGAUCACUUGAAAGAUCCAUGUAUCUUGAACUUGCUUUGGCUGCCAUGGAGGAAUUGGUAAAAUUGGCACAAACUGAUGAACCUCUUUGGUUCAGGAGCAUUGAAGGUGGUAGAGAAUUACUAAACCAUGAAGAGUACAUAAGGACAUUUACUCCUUGUAUUGGUAUGAGACCAAACAGUUUUGUUUCAGAGGCUUCCAGGGAGACAGGCAUGGUUAUAAUCAAUAGUUUAGCUCUUGUUGAGACAUUAAUGGACUCUAACAAAUGGGCAGAAAUGUUUCCUUGUUUGAUUGCUAGAACCUCAACAACAGAUGUUAUAUCAAGUGGUAUGGGUGGAACCAGAAAUGGUGCACUUCAGCUGAUGCAUGCUGAACUCCAAGUGCUUUCACCGUUAGUACCAAUUAGAGAGAUCAAUUUCCUGCGUUUCUGCAAACAACAUGCUGAAGGUGUUUGGGCUGUCGUUGAUGUGUCGAUUGAUACCAUCCGUGAAACUUCUGGUGCACCAACAUUUCCAAAUUACAGAAGGCUUCCUUCUGGCUGUGUUGUCCAAGAUAUGCCCAAUGGCUACAGCAAAGUUACAUGGGUAGAACAUGCCGAAUAUGAAGAGGGUGCGAAUCACCAUCUUUACCGGCAGUUAAUUAGCGCGGGUAUGGGCUUUGGUGCACAAAGAUGGGUUGCCACCCUCCAACGCCAGUGUGAGUGUCUUGCAAUUCUCAUGUCAUCCACCGUUUCCGCCAGGGAUCACACAGCAAUAACUCCAAGUGGGAGGCGGAGCAUGUUGAAGCUAGCACAACGCAUGACAAACAACUUUUGUGCUGGUGUUUGUGCUUCAACGGUACACAAGUGGAACAAACUUUGUGCAGGUAAUGUUGAUGAAGAUGUACGUGUUAUGACUCGAAAGAGCGUCGAUGACCCCGGUGAACCAGCAGGCAUCGUCUUAAGCGCUGCUACUUCCGUUUGGUUGCCCGUUUCCCCACAAAGACUCUUUGAUUUCCUCCGCGACGAACGCCUCCGUAGCGAAUGGGAUAUCCUAUCCAACGGUGGUCCUAUGCAAGAAAUGGCUCAUAUUGCCAAAGGCCAAGAUCAUGGCAACUGCGUCUCACUCCUUCGUGCUAGUGCUAUGAACGCGAAUCAGAGCAGCAUGUUGAUACUUCAGGAGACUUGCAUAGACGCGGCUGGGGCGCUUGUUGUAUACGCGCCAGUUGAUAUACCGGCAAUGCACGUGGUGAUGAACGGUGGAGAUUCGGCUUACGUGGCUUUGCUUCCUUCGGGAUUCUCGAUUGUACCCGACGGCCCAGGAUCUCGUGGGUCCAAUGGGCCUUCAUGUAAUGGGGGCCCAGAUCAAAGAAUUAGCGGGUCGCUCUUGACGGUAGCCUUCCAGAUAUUGGUGAAUAGUCUCCCUACAGCCAAGCUUACUGUGGAAUCUGUGGAAACAGUCAAUAAUCUUAUAUCAUGCACUGUUCAGAAGAUUAAAGCUGCUCUUCAAUGUGAAAGCUAAAUACGAAAAUAAUUUGGCACAAGGAGGACACCUUUUUUUUUAAUUUUUUUUAAAAAUAUAUAGUUUAACUAGUAGAAAAAAAAAAGUGGUGCUAAUGAGUCAAGUUGACAAGGGAGUGGAAGCUGAUCAGUGAAGAACUCGAGCUGAAUUGGAGGCUGAGUCAAGAACGAACCGCGCUGAAAAGACCAUUGCUAGGUGGUAAGGGCCGGCUCAACUAGCUCGAGGUUAUUAAUUUGGGUCUUAACACAAAGCAAAGGUGGUGGUUCGGGUAUUGACUCAGGGUACUAAGAUCAGUUGGUUCAUGAAUCAAUCAGCUUUUGGGUGAAUGAAUGAAAAUUUCAAUUUGGACAAGUUGUGUGACAGAAAUAUGUCAAUUUCAGGAGCCUAUGGUUUGUUUUGAUGAAUUUAUAGUUGUUUGUUGAAGGGUCAUAAUGGCUCUUUUGUUUGGUAUGUUAUGGUGGGGGACAAUUGACAAAUCAACUAUUGUACGUUAUCUUAAUUGACCUACUUUAACUUGA